AUGAUGGGACUCGCUUGUUGUUUGCGAACCAAUGAUCCCUCUGAUGAUUUCCAUACUAGAGGUGUUCAUCAUCAUCAUACUGAAACAACAACAACAUCCGCAACCAAUACCAUCCAUAGCAACUUUCAUUCAUCCACUCCUCUCCGACCUCAUCAUCAAAACAACAACAAUUAUUCAGCAACAUCUCCUUCCGUGGCCUCUAAAAAAAAGAAUCCACCUCCAUCCGUUCCAUCACCUCAUCAAGUUCAAGAAUUUCAAUUGGAAUUGAGUCAAUGCUGUCGACAAAGAUUGACACUCGAAAUAGUGAAUUAUAUUUUGGAGUUUUGCGAUUUUUUGGGUGAAGCAGAAGUGUUUGAGAAAGCAUUGCAACGAUACAUGUUUGCACAUUAUGAAAAUUCAUUGAAAUUUCAAGAGACGAAUGAGUAUUCUGUUUCUUCGAAUGUAGACUUUCACAAUUCUGCUAAAAUUUACUUGUCAAGUUUUGAAUCUACCACUGCAAAUACCAAUCCAACCGCUCAUUUACUUGCGAAUAAUCAGAUCAUGGCAACGAGUAAUAGAAACGAUACGAAACAAACACCAAGAAAGAUGGGAAUGUCAAGUAUGACACCCACUCAUUCACCACUUCGUUCUACCUCAAUUUUUGAUCUUAAAGUUGUUCAAUUUGAAUGUAACAUUUUUAGAAAAUUUUGGAAUGAUGUUGUGAACAUGCAUAUACCCAAUGAUAAACAGAAUCAAGGUGAAGAAGAUGAAGAGUUAUUUACUCCAUUUGUGGAUACUGAACCAUUCAAUGAACAAUUAUGUAACAAACUCAUACGUAUUGCAUUUGGAAAGAAAGGAAACACUAUAAUAAGCUUAAUUCGACAUUAUGACUUUUCAGAAGUCGAUAAGAGAAGUUGGAAGAGCUUUCCAAUAUUUGGAAAAGGAUUAUUAUCAUUCAAGGCGCCAUCAUUUAUUGAUUUAACUUAUUUUGAUGAAUAUUUUUUAGCAUUGGGUCAUGUGAAAAACAUGUUAGAAAAGAAUGCCAAAUUGAAACUUAAAUUAACCCUACCAGUGCAUAUGGAAAAUAAUUUGAGUGAAUCAGAUCAGAAAAUUUUAGCAGCAACUACUGACAUUUCAUUUGUGGAGGAAGUUCAUUCGAAAUUUAUUGUCUCGCUUUUGAGAAAUCUUUCAAACCUACAUAACGCUGCUUCAGGUUGGUUCCUUCCAAGUCUAACCUUGAGUCAACAAGAGAAAUUUAAUGUGGAUGAAGACUACUUGGGAUUAAUAUCCAAGUUUCCAAUUCACAGACUCAAAAUUACGCUCAAUUUCUACCACCCCUCUCUACCAACCAAAUAUCUUGAAGCUCUGCUCAGAAAUACUUCCAUUGGGUAUUUAGAAAUUGAGAACAUCAAACUCACAGGACAGCUUGUGGAAAAUAUUAAGGACAAGGUCACUUUUGAAAAGAUAUGGGUCUGCCCUGAAUCUCGUUUUAUUGCACUCUUCUCCCGUACAAGUCAUUUGCGAUGUUUGGUGAUUAAUGGAGGCAUAUCGUUUCAUGAGCCUUGUCUAGAAAGUGUUCAAAAGGCGUUUCCAUCCUACAUGUUUGAAUGA